AUGGAUCUGCCUGCUAAUGUCUCUCUCCUCUUACUGCAGCUCACUCUCUAUCGCCAGCAGGAGCUUUCACACACGGGAAAAGAUUUGAAGCUGGACGAUCUGCUGGUGGAACCUGUUGUCGAUGAGUCCAUCUUAACCAAGUUCAGUACUCACCGCCUUGUAAAACUUUACGUUCCAGAACUUCGGGGAUUACAACUGCGUACUUUGAGGGUACUAGUAAAUGACCUCUUCAAAAAGGGAUUGCCGGAUAAAAGUUUACCUGUGACAGUAGUUACGUUGGCCAACCACUACUAUUUUGUCCGCGUAACCGAGUUGGAACAAGAAGAGAUACCCAAUCUGAAAGGCGAAUUAGCGAAGGUCCUGGCACCGCUAAAGAGUACUACGAUUUAA